AUGUCGGAUUUAGACAGUGAAUAUCCGAGAGCGGAAAGUGGAAGACCGUUUCUACCAGAAGAAGAAAAAGAAUUUGUAAAACUCUUCAAUAAACAAAAAUUCAGACCUAGAACAGCUAUUUUAACAGUGUGGUUUGACUAUCCCAAAAACAUGUUCUUCCAACCGAUACCAGCUAAAGAUAAAAUCACUUUCACGAAUAAAGGAGGUAAAAAGGAAACUGGUACUAAAAUCAGGUUCAGAAAUGGUUUCUGUCACGACGUUUUAACAUCGGUCGAUAUUCAAGAAAUAGUGAAAGCCGGUGGACGAAUUAUUAGAAUAUUAGAUGGUAUAGUUUACGAAGAAAAUUUUAAAACUCCACCCUAUAGAGAUUAUAUUUUAAUUUUGAGAGAUCUAAGAAAUAAAUAUAAACGAGAAGGUAAUAUCGUGGGUAGUAAUUGCAUGAAAUUAUUGGGUAAUUCCUUGUAUGGUAAAUCAAUUCAGAAAGACAUAUUCACAACUAGACAUUUAUGGAAUGAAGCAACUUUACAGGCCAACUUUGAUUCACGUGUUAAAACCUAUGAGAAAAUUAAUGAUACUCAAUAUAUUGUUGAAACAGAAAUAGAAGAAAAAGAGAUUACUACCGAAGAUAGUAAAUCUACACGACUAACACCUAGUCAUUUAGGAUCAUUCGUUUUAUCUCACAGUAAAAAAAUAAUGAACAAUUUCAUUCACGUCAUAAAUAGAUUUUAUAAACCCGAAAUAUACUAUACCGACACAGAUAGUUUGUACAUUUCAUCCAACAAUUGGAAAAAACUAAACAGAGCUGGUUUGGUCUCCGAAAAAGACUAUUGCAAAGGUAAAAACGAUUACGGUGACAUAAGUGUAGAAGAUUACGUUCAGUUAGCAAGCGGACAUGAUGUGUCGAACGAAUUUAAUAAACCAUGGGAAAAAAGUUUCACCAAUGGAGUAGUUAUUCCAAAUGAUAAACAAACUAAAGUUUUUAGAAGUUAUUUGAAUAAUGUUAAAAGAAAACCACCAAACAGUGAAGGAAUUAUGUAUCCUUACAACGACAAAGAUGAGUAUAGUUUUGAUGAAAACUAUGAAUUUGAUAAUUUCGAUUAUCUUACUAUUCAAGAAGAGAAUGAAGAUUGUUUUAAAUGA